CGUCCCAGCGAGCGCGUCUGCAGCCCGCCGCGUAGCGGACAUGGCGGGCUCCGAGGUCCCGCGGCAGCUUUUCCUUCAGGGCGUGGCCGCGGUCUUCACGUUCGCCUUCGCGUCCCUCUACAUGCAGAUCCCGGGCCUGUAUGGUGCCGAGGGCAUCCUGCCUGCACGGAGGACGCUGAGGCCACAGGGCAAGGGGCGCUGGCAGCAGCUGUGGGAGACCCCGACGCUGCUGUGGGAGGCUCCGCAACUGGGGCUGGACACCUCGCAGGGCCUGGAGCUGCUGAGUCUGCUGGGCGCCCUGCUAGCCCUGGGCGCGCUGCUUAUGCGCAGGCUGCGCAACCUCUUCGUCUACCUGCUGCUCUGGGCUGCCUACCUGUCGGCCUGCCAGGUGGGCCAGGUGUUUCUUUAUUUCCAGUGGGAUUCCCUGCUGCUGGAGACUGGCUUCCUGGCGGUGCUGGUGGCCCCCCUGAGGCAGCCCCCCCACCAUAAGCAGGCCCCCCAGGGCAGGCUGGUAGGGGCCUCGCCCCACGAAGGCAUCCCCUUCUGGCUCGUGCGCUGGCUGCUGUUUCGCCUCAUGUUUGCCUCGGGUGUGGUCAAGCUGACCAGCCGUUGCCCCGCAUGGUGGGGGCUUACUGCCCUCACCUACCACUACGAAACACAGUGCCUGCCCACACCUGCCUCCUGGUUCGCCCACCACCUGCCGGUCUGGCUGCAGAAACUCUCCGUGGUGGCCACGUUCCUCAUCGAGAUUGCAGUGCCCCCUCUGUUCUUUGCCCCUGUUCGCCGCCUGCGUUUGGCGGCUUUCUACUCCCAGGUUUUGUUGCAAGUCCUGAUUAUCAUCACUGGCAACUAUAACUUCUUCAACCUGCUCACUCUGGUGCUCACCACUGCUCUUCUGGAUGAUGGGCACCUGACUGCUGAGUCUGGCAACAGCCACUGCAAAAAGACACCCUCUUCCUGGCCCAGGGCUCUGCUGUCUCUGCUGUCUCUGCUGUUGGAAUUUACCGUCUAUGGGUUGCUGGCCUACGGCACCGUGCACUGCUUCGGCCUGGAAGUUGACUGGGAGCAGCAUGCUGUCCACUCCAGAACCACCUUUACCUUCCACCAGUUUACCCAGUGGCUAAAGAUGGUGACCCUGCCCACCAUGUGGCUGGGGGUUGCCUCCCUCACCUGGGAACUGCUGAAUGCCCUCUGGAGGUGGACCCAGGUGCGAGGGUGGCUGAGGAAGCUCUGCACUGCAGUCCAGCUGUUCAUCUUUGGCACUGCCACGGUGGCCUUGUUUGUGAUCAGCCUGGUGCCAUACUCCUAUAUCGAGCCCUCGAGCCAUGGGCAUCUCUGGACCGGGGCACACCGCCUCUUUGGUGCCGUAGAGCACCUGCAGCUGGCUAACUCCUACGGCCUCUUCCGCCGGAUGACCGGUCUGGGCGGGCGGCCCGAAGUGGUGCUGGAGGGCAGCUAUGAUGGGCAACACUGGACGGAGAUCGAGUUCAUGUACAAGCCCGGGAAUGUGAGUCGGCCGCCCCCUGUCGUGGUGCCCCACCAGCCCCGCCUCGAUUGGCAGAUGUGGUUCGCAGCCCUGGGCCCACACUCUCACAGCCCCUGGUUCACGAGCCUGGUCCUGCGCCUGCUGCAGGGCAAGGACCCUGUGAUCCGCCUCAUCCAGAACGAUGUGGCUAGGUACCCCUUCCACAAGCAGCCGCCCACCUACGUGCGGGCCCAGCGCUACAAGUACUGGUUCUCACAUCCUGGGGAGCAGAGCCAGUGGUGGCGACGCCAGUGGGUGGAAGAAUUCUUCCCGCCAGUGUCCUUGGGGGACCCAACGCUGGACAUGCUGCUCAGACAGUUUGACCUCCAGGCCUGAGGACAGUGGGCCUUCCCUGCCUCUGGCAGGGGACGCGGUGUGGAUGCUGUCCCGCUGAUAGGUGACCUGGCUUCUGGGAUGCCUUCAUUCUCCCCUCCUCAACCUUACCCCUAUAAAAUAGACGUAAGGGCAUGGUCCAGCACAGCCGGGCCGACCUGUCAGCACCACACAUCAAGGCUGUGAGGUGGCCAGCAGUAGAACGUGGGGCCUAGAAUCACCUGAGGGCCUGAGAAUUCACCAGAACCCGGCCCCUUCCUUUCCUGCCCCUGCUUCCUCAUCUCGGGCAAUGACGGAAGGGCCAGGGCACUGGACCUCCCUUGGGUAGGCCAGGUACCACAUGAGUGUGCUACGGGGGUGUGGGCGGAGAGAGGAAGGAGGAGGCCCUGGGGCAAGGGUGGAGGAGGAAGAACCUUAUCUGACCACCCAGGAGUGGCAGCGGGCACUGAGGGCACAACUCAGGUUUCUGUUGGGGUUCUGUGGUCCGUUGGGAGGUGCCUGCCCUCUGUGAGAACUUGUACCGCCUCCCCGGCCCCCUCUCACGCUCUGAUCCCACGGACCCCCAGUCCACCCCAGUGUUCUCGGCUCCUCCCCCGACGUCAUUGAACCCCCGCCUUCACCGAUUCAAACAGAACUCCGAGCUCAGUCUGUGUGCACGGCCGCACCUGGCUUACACAGACCUGUGACAUGAGCUUUCGGGUGCCUUCAGAUGUGCUCUCACACGUAGAUUCAACCAUCUGUAAGUUGACUUUUGGUUUAAGACAGUUGCAUAUUUAGGGGCGCCUGGGUGGCUCAGUCGUUAAGCGUCUGCCUUCGGCUCGGGUCAUGAUCCCGGGGUCCUGGGAUCGAGCCCCACAUC